AUGCGUCCCGAGCCGCCAGACGGCGCCCUGGCCCGCCGCCGCGCACCGCCGCGGCCGCCCCAGCUGGCCCCCAAGACGGAGGCGUCCCUCUACUCAAAGGCGCUGAUGUCAGCGCUGGAGGACCUCAGGGCGCAGCUUCCGCCCGGCUACCUGCUCAGCAAGGCCCAGGACUGA